GCCAUGACUGCUGUGAGACAGUGAAGGUGGCACUUUGUGCCUCUAGAGAAGGUCAUCCUGUUCUGGUUGUGGCAGAAGAGAGUUUCCAGUUUGUCCAGGAUGAAGCCUACGAUGCUGCACAGUUUCUGGCCACCUGUGCCGGCAACCAGCAGGCGCUGAAUUUCACCCGAUUCUUGGACCGGUCGAGACCACCUGCCGCUGACGUGGACUUUUUGGAUGAGAAAGUGGCUUUGGCAUUUCGACACCUGAAACUGCCGGCAGAAUGGAACGUGCUGGGAGCGGACCAGUCCCUGACCGGUGAGGACCUCUGGGGCACGU